ACAGCGGUGUCAUGUCCAAGUCAUAACACAUAAUGUCUGCAACACACAUCGACCAAAACCCCAAAUCCAAUACUGCGCACAUGGAGUUCCAAGAAAAGUCCGUGGUUGACAAUCGCGAGGGAGGCCAUGAGGUUGUUUCUCAACAAGAGCUUGCCAUUGACCCACAGACCGAGAGACGUAUCAAACGCAAGAUCGAUAUCAGGCUCCUACCCAUGUUAGGGUCCAUGUACACCUUCUCAUUGAUCGAUCGGACCAAUGUCGGGGGAGCUCGAAUCUCGGGUCUCGAUCAGACGGUCGACCUCGACGUCGGUAACCGAGCUUCUAUCAUCAUUCUAGUCUUUUACGUCGGAUACGUGAUUUUCGAGCUGCCUUCUAACCUGGUCCUGAAAAAACUUGGUGCUGCAAACUGGUUGUCAUUCCUAGGUGUGGCAUGGGGUCUCAUCUCGUUGGGGAUAGGGUUAAGCAAGAAUUGGGAGACCGUCGCGGCGCUCAGAGCCAUGCUUGGUAUUUUGGAAGCCGGAUUGUUUCCAGGAUGCGUUUAUUUGAUAUCGGCAUGGUACCGGCGUUACGAGGUACAAAAGAGAAUCGCAGUCUUUUUCAUGACGGCCUCUUUCCUUUCCUCCUUCUCCAACAUCUUGGCCUACGGAUUGACCCAGAUCGCGUCUGAUCCCGUCAAUGACGGUUGGAAGUGGAUAUUCGUCGUCGAGGGGGCCAUCACCAUAGGCAUCUCGAUAUUGGCGUGGUUCGUCAUUGUCGAUUUCCCCGAAAGUUCUCGGAACAAGUUCCUGUCUCCGGAAGAGGUGCAGGUCGUCAAGAACAGACUGUUGGCGGAGAGAGGGAGCGCCGAGGGUGGCAAGGUGACUUGGAAAGUCAUCAAGGAGACUGUGUUGGAUUGGCAAGUGUGGAGCAUAGCGACCGUCUACAUGAGUGGUUCAUGCGGGACAUAUGGAUUUUUGUUCUUCUUGCCCAUCAUCCUCCGCAAUGGCCUGGGGUAUUCCCAAUCGCUCUCGUUCUGUCUCACGGCUCCACCGGCGGCGUUGGCCGUCGUUUACGCCUUGGGGAUCUCGUGGGCCGCCGACAAGUACCGCGUCCGAGGUCCGUUCAUCCUCAUGCACUGUGUUCUUGGGGUUGUGGGGCUGUGUAUGAUUGGGUUUCUCAAUCGUCCUACGCCGCGAUACGUCGGGUCUUUCUUGGGUGAGUGUGGGACGAACGGGCUCAUCGUGACAGGGCUCGCAUGGGGUCAGAACAACGUCAGGAGCGACGCCAAGAGAAGCGUCACCACCGCCAUACAGGUCAUGAUGGCUGCUGUGGGAGGCAUCUAUUCCGCAUUGGUAUUUCGACAACAGGACGCUCCUGAUUAUGUCCCGGGCUUGGUGGCCACAGGGGCCCUGAUACUGCUGGCGGGGGCACUGACUAUCAUCACUUGUCCCCUGUUGAUCAAGGCGAAUCGACAAGCCGAUAGGGGUGAGAGGGUGAUCGAAGAAUCCCCGGAUUUCAGAUAUACUUGGUGAUAAUAGACCGAUCCUCGGACUUGCUCUCCUUUUGGGACUUUGGUGUGGGCUUUGUCGUGGACAUGAAGGAUCUGUCUAGAGAAAUGCGAGAAUCGCAAUGCGGGGUGGGUCGGUGGUUGUUUUUCCUUCCAUCUCGUAGCUACGACCAAAGCUUUAGACACUUCAUGGUCGCAGUAUAGAAAUCAUAAC